AUGGCAUUCGCCUGUCCGGCAUUAAACGUCAUCUGCCAUAAAUGCAAAUUUAAGGGGCACUAUGAAAAAUACUGCAAAUCAACAAGAAUAUUCCGUCCUACUAAUAAGUCAGCUACAACAGGACCACCAAAGAAGAAAUUCAAACCUGGACAAAAUGAUAGGGCUGUUCACAAUGUAUCAGAUGCAGCCGACGACACCGAAUACGUAUUUCAUCUAGAUGGCGACGAAGAUACAGUCACCUGUGAAGUAGGCGGUGUUAAUGUUGACAUGCUUAUUGAUUCGGGAAAUUUCAUUAAACAAGAUGAGAAAUACCUGUUCUAAAGAUGGGGGUGAAGGUUGUUAAUUAUCCUAUUAUUAUUAUGAGUUUUCUAGAUAAUAUGUGUUACCAUUA